CCGUCUCAGGCCGCCGUCCCGCCCCUCCCGUCCGGCCGCCGCCGCCGCCGCUACCGCCACCGCCGCCUGGGGGGUUGGUUGAGGCGGACGGUGGGGUCCGGGCCGGAGUGUGGCGCCGCCGUUGCGAGGAGGAGAAGCGGGCAGUCAGAAAAUGGGUAAGAAGAGUCGAGUGAAAACUCAGAAGUCAGGCACUGGGGCUACAGCCACUGUGUCACCGAAAGAAAUCUUGAACCUGACCAGUGAGCUGUUGCAGAAAUGUAGCAGUCCUGCACCUGGCCCGGGAAAAGAAUGGGAAGAGUAUGUACAGAUCCGGUCUCUGGUUGAGAAAAUACGAAAAAAGCAAAAAGGUCUGUCUGUUACUUUUGAUGGAAAAAGAGAAGAUUACUUUCCUGAUCUAAUGAAAUGGGCCUCUGAAAAUGGGGCUUCUGUCGAGGGUUUUGAAAUGGUUAACUUCGAAGAAGAGGGCUUUGGUUUGAAAGCAACAAGAGACAUCAAGGCAGAAGAGUUAUUUUUAUGGGUUCCACGAAAAUUACUAAUGACGGUCGAAUCUGCUAAAAAUUCAGUAUUGGGGCCCCUAUAUUCUCAAGACCGAAUUCUUCAGGCCAUGGGAAAUAUCACGUUGGCCUUUCACCUGCUGUGUGAGCGAGCCAACCCCAACUCUUUCUGGCAGCCCUACAUUCAGACUCUCCCCAGCGAGUAUGACACCCCUCUUUACUUUGAAGAAGAGGAAGUUCGGUGUCUUCAGUCGACACAAGCUAUACACGAUGUCUUCAGCCAGUACAAAAACACUGCUCGACAAUACGCCUAUUUCUAUAAAGUCAUCCAGACCCAUCCUCAUGCCAACAAACUGCCCUUGAAGGAUUCUUUCACUUACGAGGACUACAGGUGGGCAGUCUCUUCUGUCAUGACGCGGCAGAACCAAAUUCCCACAGAGGAUGGGUCCCGGGUGACCCUGGCCCUGAUUCCUUUAUGGGACAUGUGUAAUCACACCAACGGCCUGAUCACGACAGGCUAUAAUCUGGAAGAUGACCGCUGCGAGUGUGUGGCUCUUCAGGACUUCAGGGCUGGAGAGCAGAUUUACAUUUUUUAUGGCACUCGGUCAAAUGCAGAGUUUGUGAUCCACAGUGGUUUUUUCUUUGACAAUAAUUCACACGACAGAGUGAAAAUAAAGCUUGGAGUGAGUAAAAGCGACAGACUCUACGCCAUGAAGGCCGAGGUCUUGGCCCGCGCUGGCAUCCCAACGUCCAGUGUUUUUGCCUUGCAUUUCACGGAGCCACCCAUCUCUGCUCAGCUUCUGGCUUUUCUUCGAGUAUUCUGCAUGACUGAAGAAGAAUUGAAAGAACAUUUGCUAGGAGACAAUGCUAUCGACAGAAUUUUCACCUUAGGUAACUCUGAAUUUCCUGUCAGCUGGGACAAUGAGGUCAAACUUUGGACAUUUCUUGAAGAUAGAGCCUCGCUUCUUUUAAAAACAUAUAAAACAACGAUUGAGGAAGAUAAGGCUGUCCUGAAAAACCAUGACCUUUCUGUUCGUGCGACAAUGGCCAUUAAAUUACGCUUAGGGGAAAAAGAGAUUUUGGAAAAAGCAGUCAAGAGCGCAGCCGUCAACCGGGAGUACUACCGCAAACACAUGGAGGAGAGGGUGCCACUCCCCAGAUACGAGGAGAGUGACCUAGGGCUGCUGGAGGGUGGCAUGGGGGACUCGAGGCUCCCGUUGGUCUUGAGAAACCUCGAGGAGGAGGCUGGCGGGCAAGAGGCCUUAAGCCUCAAGGAGGCUGUGAGCAAAGCCAAGGCUGCUGAAAACGGGCUGCUCAAUGGCGAGGACUCCAUCCCCAAUGGGACCCAGUCUGGAAACGGGGGCUUCAGUCCAGAGGAAGGCAAACGGGUGGUUGAAGACGCCAAAGAAUCUUCCGAUUGCACCAGCGAAGUGAAAGAGCAGCUCUGAGCUGCCAUGCUCUGUCGGCAAACCCGGUUCAGCUCAAGGUUUGAACAGUCCACUUCCAUCGCCGUGUUCUUCGUUCACGUUCUCUUUCUGCAGAGAGGAAAAUAUGUUUUUGCUGCUUUAUAUAAAAAUGAUUUUUUUAAGUUAUUUUAAAGAUCUAGUUUUGCUUUUUGAUUAAGAUUGCCAGCCUGCUUGUAGGCAAAGCGAGCUCAACAAUGAAGGGGAAAGAGGUGCCUUUGGAAGAUUCCGCAGCAUUCCCGUUCCCAUCGUGGGCCUUGUGUUUGCUCUGGGGAAGAAGCCAGCCCCCUCUCAGCUGUGCCUUUGUGGGCCCGUCAUCCUGACGCCCGCCCAGAGUGAAAGCUGCCUCUGCCUCCUGCAGCCAGCUGACGUGGACGUUGGGGGGCGGGGCAGGCGGCGGGGCGGGGCGGGGCACAGCAGAGAGCAGGGUCCAGUCGGGAAUCUGCAUGGAGAGUCUGGGCAAUGUCUUUUUUUUUUUUCUUUAAAAAAAUAAUAAUAUCCCAGUACCAAAAGAAAGGUAAGGUGGCAACCUUAUUUUUAAUAGUUUUAAAUGUUGAUGAUAAUCCUAAUUAUAUAAAUAUAUAUAUACACACACACAUAUAUAUCUAGUGAUUUCUAAAGAUUUGUUUACUUUUUGUGUUUCUGUUUUGCUGUACUAAGAACUUGUCCUUUUCCGUAAAUCAAAGUAGGACAUGCAUCCUCCUCCUAAUUUUAAAUGUUGGCUCUAAUUUCAGUGUGGCACACUUGAUUUCUGGUGUUGGUAAUGGGUGUGCAGCCCAGCUGUCCCUGGCUUUGCCUAGUGCUGCUCAAGGUGAGGCGGGUCCCUAGCUUUUCUGGUUUUCACAACAAGCUAGAGAUUUUCAAAGCUACCCUUUUAAGUAAAGAUACCCUUAUUAAAAAGAAAACAUGAUUGA